AUGAAAAACACUGGAAAAGCUGUGGCAUUAGAAAAAGAGUUGUUAUUAGUAAAAGAAGAGUUGAUCAAAGCAAAGUUGUCGUUGAGUGUUGAGAAUGAAGACAAUCAGUCAAUUACAAAUCCAGGAAACGAGACUAUAACAGAAAAUGUGAAGACGGUGGAUUAUUGUACGCCACCAUGUUCUAGUGAAUCGAUAUCAAACGAAGUCAAAGAAUUAGAAGAGAAAAAUGAUCAUGUCAAAUUUUUAAGAUGCAUGAUAGAGGUAUUGAAUACUCCAGAUACGACGGUUUUGUUCAAUGACGUCAUCAUACAACGUCAUCUCAUAUCUACCAUUUUGCAAGCGCUCUUAGUGCUUAAAGAAAAUGUUCACGAAAUGUCGUGGAUUGAAACAUCAAUAGCCGACUUGUGUGUAGACGGUUUCAAAGGAUUGCUUAAUAUGAAGAUAGAAGAUGAUUCACAAAAGAUAAAGGAAGGCGUCCUUGGCUUUGCAAGGGAAUUGAUAUCAGGAAUUAUAAGUCACGAAAAAUGUAAUCAUAAAGCAAUAAUAGAUAAAUAUCCAAAACUUGUUGUUCGGCUGGCUACACAUGAAAAAAUGACUACAGAUAUUCUUUUUGAAUUGGCCGAGAAGAUACGCAAAUUGUCCAUUAAUCUUCGUUCAGUUUCACAAGAUCCCAUGCUGAUGCUAGAUUAUAUUGAUGAAUAUCAAAAUGCUUAUCAUGUUUUAUGGUGUAUGGAAAAAAUCUUAUGUGAAACGAAAGAGACAAAAAUAUUAGAAUCGCUUUCAGAGUCGCUUGAUGAAACAGUGGAGAAAUCAGUUCUACAUUUGUCGAGAUCUUUUCCUAUCUACACCUGUUAUCUUUGGCGCAUCAGAGGAAUUAUUUCAACAAAAAUUCACACACAUUAAACAAGCUUUCACUUGAACUUUGUAUGUGUGAAGAAUUGAAAUAAAGAGAGAAAAAUCAGAUGUUGAUUUCUUGAAUAAAAAUUUUCAUUUGCAUUAAUGAA